AUGUCAUUGAGUCCGCCAGCAUAUCUCGCUUCCCUGCAGAGCAACAUCAGAGCCCGUCCAAUACCUUGGGACGGCGCCGUGCGUGCGGGAAACCUUACAGAGGACCAACUGAAGAGGAUACGAUCUGUUGACAAGGUCAGGAAAGAGCAGCGGAAACAGACCAUCGAGAAGGAUGUCAACAGCUACAGCAACCUGCUCGUAGGCGGCUCGGAUGGUGGCAGCGUUCUCGACAAAGCCUCGAAACGAAGUGAUAUCAUCCAGUAUAUCCUCGUGCUGGCUACCGACCUCAUCAAUGAUGCCCCAGAGCUCGCAGCAGCCGUUUUAAGGCAUUCAAACCCUUAUAAAUCCUUCUUGUCGUUCCUCAGCCAGGGCAGCGAGUCUCAGGACCCCAUACCCUUGCUUUCCGCUACGUUCCUGGUCAACCUCAUUGCUAUUUCUUUAACGACCUCCUCACAUCCAGCCCCGCGAGACGACGAAGCGCUUCCGCGGCUCUACUCUUACCUUGCGAAACUGGUCAAGAACCAAGACAGCGGUCUACAGGAUAUUGGAGUCCAGCACAUGUCGCAACUGUUGCGAACCACGCAAUCAAAAGAGAUAUUUUGGAAGCAGAGAGCCGAUACGGUCGACCCAUUGUUCGACAUCCUUCGCAAAGCAGCGGGAUCAGCGAAGGACAAUGAUUCUACGCUAUGGAGUGGCAAUGCCAGCAUUCGAAGCAGUGACACCAGAUUCGGCGGCGGUGUCGCCCUGCAGCUAAUGUACCACGUCUUGCUAGUCAUUUGGCAGCUGAGCUUUGAAGGGGAACUGGUGGGCGAAGGGCUCGAACAGGACCAGGAGAUCGUGCCCCUAUACACCCAGCUCCUUCGGAUGUCACCAAAGGAGAAGACCACCCGGCUUCUGUUGGCGACCCUGACGAACCUAUUGUCGACGAAUAAGGAGACUCUCAUCGCCACCGCUACCACGGCCAGACUUCCGGCCCUGCUUUCUAAUUUGAGCGGCCGCCAUCUCACCGACCCAGACCUCCUUGAAGACCUCGAAGCUCUCAAGUCCAUACUGGAAGAAUACACAAAGAACCAGACCACCUUUGACGAGUACGCCGACGAAGUGCAAUCCGGGCAUUUACGCUGGUCGCCACCCCACCGGAACCCAACGUUCUGGCGCGAAAACGCGCGGAGAAUCCUCGAGGACAAGAACGGCGAACUGCCCAAGAAACUCGCCGAAAUCUUGUCAAAGUCCUGGGACAACGACAAGAAAGUGUUAGCAAUCGCGAGUAAUGAUGUGGGCAACCUCGUCAAGCAAGUGCCGGAGCAGAGGACGGCGCUGGAGAAACUAGGCCUGAAGGCGAGGUUGUUGGAGUUGAUGGGCGAUAGUGACGAGAGUGUCCGGUGGGAGAGUUUGAAGGCCAUAGGCGAGUGGAUGAGGUAUACCUUUGAGAAGUAG